AUGGCUGCCCCUCCUGAGAAGACCCUCAAGAACCUCACGGGCAAGUACCAGCUGAACAAGGAACUCUCCGACUCGAUUGAGCCCGUCCUCGUCCUCCAGGGCAUUGGCUUUUUCAUCCGCAAGGCCAUUGGCGUCGCUUCCAUCAGCCUCGACGUCAACCAGUACGAGGCACCGCCCAACCCGCCCGCGACAUCCACCGAUAUUGUCACCCACAUUGACAUUGAGCAAUCCGCCUCCGGCCUCAGCUCGACGCACGAGAAGCGAUGCCUCGACAACACCUUCCGUGAACACAAGGACUGGCUCUUUGGCGAGGUGCAGGGUAAGACCAGGUGGGUCACCGCCGACGAGGUCACCGACGAGCACCUGAAGAAGGGCUGGGAGGAGGGCGGUGACGGCCAGUACCUCCAGAGCUAUGUCGAGAGCAAGACCAACGGCUGGACGGCCGAGCAGAUCUGGGGCUUUCAGGUGGUAGACGGCAAGAGACGAUACUGCCGCAACAUCGUCGUGCUCAAGGGCUCGGACAGGGCUGCCGUGCGGUUGGUCUAUGAUUACCUGGAUUAG